AGAGAGGAAUGACCCGCCUGCACAUGACGUAUUUGUACGCAUGAGUUUAGCUAGCAAAUGUCGCCGUGACAUCGCCUAGAAGUCUGAUAUGGGGAAGCAGUUCUGGCCUAUCUUCAUACUAUACUGUCUUUGAUACAUAACUCAUGUUAGCUAUCAUAAAGGUCGUGCUGUGUUAGCUAGCUAGUGUUUAAGCAAUAUGUUCCUCAAACGGUUUAAGUGGUAAAUAGGUUAUUAACGGGAGUUUCACAUUUGAUAUGAAACGCAUUUCACUAUCAAAUACAGGCAAAGUUACUAUAUUUUCGAAGUUGACACUGACUGUGAAGGUCGUCUUCCCUGGUCAUCUGUGUUGCUGUUGCCCUGUGUUCCACACCAUGGCACGCCACAGUAAGCUGCAGAAACAGGUGUUGUCUCUGUUCCGCCAGUUCCUGCGUGCUGGCCAGGACAAGCCAGGCUUUCUACCCAGGAUCCGGGAUGAGUUCCGAGAGAACUCCAGCAUCAAGAAGACUGAUGUCAUGCACAUAGAAUAUCUUUACCGGCGUGGACAGAGACAGCUAGACCAGCUGAAAGAUGUGAACACAAAGCAACUAGGAACUUUCUCCAAACCCAAAGCAGAGAGAUGACCAAAACCAUUUCCUUCUCUACCUCUAACUGGAUACGUGGGCAUGCGCUAUGUAAUUACAUGAAUCAUUCACUAGUCAGAUUACUACUCCUUUCAAUCUGCAGCUGAGGAAGUGCAGUCAUUGUCCUAAGCAAUGGCCAUGGAUUUGAACUGUAUGACAUCACUAUUGUCCUCUGUCAGAGAGGUGGACACCACUGAUGAGGAUGAACAUUUGAAAACAAUCUCUGGCCAGUGAGUUUGUUUGGUUGAGCAGACCAGUUGCUCUGGUCAUUGUUGUAAAAUACUUUCAUCUAGCUACAUUAACCUGUUGAGUGUUUUGGAUUAAAGAUGAUAUCAUCAGUA